ACUUUUUCUUCCCUACAGACUCCCAGUGCCUUCUGAGCCUCCCUGAUGCCUCAUGAUCAUAUUCCAGGUUUCCAGCUCCUCCAGACUUUCACAGGGGGUGUCUCCUGCUUGUUGAGUUGUGACCCUUACCCUUCUAACAGCCCCUCCACAGCACUAAUAAUGAUUCAAAAGAUGCAUCUAAGGGUAGGAGCAAUUAAGUUGCUGUGUUAAGGUGUUAUCACUGUUUUCUAACUAAUUUCCUACUUUUACUUUAUUUUUUUUUUUGCAGAAAAGCUUGUUAAAAAAAACAAAAAUCUUUCUCAAACCCCCUAAAGUGUGCAGACAGCAGAGUAGUUUGAAUAGGAGUUAUGUAAUGCACAUUUCUUUGUAGAUAAUUGGAGGCUCAAAUAGCAGUGCAGUGCAGGUGAUUUUAAUAUUUUGUGGACACUCUGUAACCUACAACAGAUAUUUCACUGCCUGCAUAUUGCUUGCCAAAAACACACCGAAACUUAGCAUGCAGUACUUAUUGCUAUGAUUGUUUCUGAGCUGCAGGGAACAAAAGAGGAUAGCAAGUAGUUUUGGAGAUAAUGCUUCAUGCAAUACCAAGAUAUAGAACACAGCUUGUGACUAAACUAACUGUGAAACAGAAUUUUCCUGUGUUGGCCGCAUGAGAAUAACAAAGGAAAGCAAAGUUCAGGUAAUGGCAAAUGAUAAGAAUCACUGAGCAAAAGAUGACAAGAUGCCUGGAAACGUGAUGUCAGUAUCCUGCCAUAAGCACCAUUUCCUUUUGGUUGGCUUUCUUUGUUUCUGUCUUAACAGUUUUGUGAGAGGUCAGAAGAACAACACUCUGAUUUUCACCAAGGAAAAUAAAAUUCGGAACUGCAGCUGUUCUGCUGAUAUCCAUGACUGUGACUACAACUUGGCAAACCUCAUGUGCAGUUGCAAAACCAUCUUGCCUUAUACAAUAGACAGAGCCAGCUACCACAGUGACCUAACAAUUUGGUUCACAGAUACGACCGUGCUUGGAAUGCUGUUGAACUUUACAGUGGUGCACUACCUGAAGCUUUCACUCUGUGGCUCCACUCCUCUACCAAGAGAAUACCUGGCUAUUUUGGGAUUGCGAAAGCUGAGAAUAAACAGUGUGGUUAAGGGCCAGUUUCUAGAGCAAAAUUUAACAAUCUACAAUAGUGGCGACAAUGAGAUGAGAGACAAACUGAAGGUGCUACACAAAGACAGGCAAAUGUUUUUGUAUAUUUCUGUCUUGGAUACAUCUCUUUUCAACAGGUAUUCUUUACUGAAGUCCUACAGUGUGGAAAAUGUCUCCAGCAUUACAGACCACUUUCCAAGUCUGCCAUAUUCUGAUAUAUUUUCAACUACUAAUAACAAAAGCUACAUUGUAACAUUCAUUUACUGAGACAUGUUCAACAACUUCAGCAGUACAGUAAGGGGGCACGUUAACCUGUCAAUAGAACAAGAUAUAGAACUUUUGCAAGUCUGUUUUGUUUGCCCCAGAAAGGAAAGUAAGUGUGGGUCAGUUCUUACUGCACUCAAAAUGACACUACUCACAAAGUGUGGGGUUCAAAAUAGUUUGAACACAGAGAAUUAAUUCUGUAACCUGUUUCUUAGAGAACAGAGAAAAUGUGUAAUGAUCAAUUUUAAAAAUGAUGUAACUACGUUUUCAUAAUGACUUAAUUAUUGUAUGGUAAACAUUGAAAUAUGUUGAUUAAUUUUGUUAUGAAAUGUGCAUUACUUGGGCAUAUGAAAACAUGACAAUGUACCUUUGGGUAUGGAACUACCUAAUAAUAAUAACCCAUCUGUAAUGUGUUUUUACACAUUCUACUAGAUCAGGGGUCAGCAACGUUUGGCACGCGGCUCGCCAGGGUAA